AAUAGAACGACGGUCGCCAAAACGACGGACAACACGGAGUACAGAAAAAAUAAUCCUCUAGUCGUACCGGUAAUAAUAUUAUCCAUACCAGCGAUUCUCAACCUGUGGUACGCGUAUACCACUUGUGGUACUCGUGUAGAUCAUAGGUGGUAUGCGAAGAAAUUUCUUGAUAA